AAGCUCUGGUGAGAUUCAGAAGUUGACUUUAGUUAGAAUGGGGACCGAGCUGUAGUGGGAAGGAGCAUGCUGAAACGUGUCGGCAAAGGCAGCUACAAGCCUUACUCUGCCAGUCUGAGAGUUAAGAAAGCUGACACUAAAAGCAAUGAGAAGCUGGAGAUACUACCCAACAAGCACAACGUAUGGCUGAAGCAGCUGUCUAUCCUCCAGGAGCAGCCUCGCAAAGAUGCAGGUGACAUCACCCUCUCUUCUUCACCAUCAUCCUCUUCCUCCUCUUCCAUGCUCACCCCGACUGCUGCCGGGCUGCAGGACCCCUCCCUGUCCUGCCCCGGCACCCCCAGCACCCAGCACGGCAAGCUGGCUGCGAUGCAAGGGGUGGGCUGCCCGUCUCCUGUGGCCACGCUGAAGAGGCCCACAGCACUCAGCAGACACGCCAGCGCUGCAGGGUUCCCGCUCCAGUCGUGGGUGUUCACUAAAGGUCAGGGGAAAGGGGCCCUGACCCCGACCACUCCGUCUGAAGGUCCAGAGAGCACGGCCAUAGAGGUGGAGGACAUCCCGGCCCUGCUGAGGGACGUAGCUCGCUUCGCAGAGGCUGUGGAGAAGCUGAAGGAUGUGGUGCUGGCUGAAGGUAAGGAGAGCCAGCGGCCUGUGGCUCACGAGUGUUUGGGGGAGGUCCUACGGGUGCUGCGUCAGGUCAUCAACACCUACCCUCUGCUCAACACUGUGGAGAUCCUCACUGCCGCCGGAAAGCUCAUAUCCAAGGUCAAAGGUUUCCACUAUGAGGCUUGUAACGAGGCAGAUAAAAAGGACUUUGAGAAGGCAAUUGAAACCAUUGCAGUUGCUUUUAGCAGCAAUGUGUCUGAACUGUUGAUGGGAGAGGUGGACAGCAGCACGCUGCUCUCCCUGCUGCCCACUGAGAAGACCAGGUCGAUGGAAAACUUGUAUGCUGCGACAGGCCAGGGAGCAGACGGGGGACAGUUCAGGAGCGACCUGCAGGACAUGGGCAGAGCUGAGGAAGUGGAUGUGAUCCUGCAGCACAGCGAGGGAGGGGUGGACUCUGCUCUGCUCUACGCCAAAACCAUCUCUAAGUACAUGAAGGACCUGAUGAGCUACGUGGAGAAAAGAACGUCAUUGGAGGCUGAGUUCUCCAAAGGCCUCCAGAGAUUGUACCAGUCCUGCAAACACAGCAUAACACAUCCCCAGAUGCCCCUCUUCUCCAUCUACUCUCUGGCUCUGGAGCAGGACCAGGAGCAGAGUGUGGGGCUGCAGCAGGCCACCACCACACUGCACACACAGACCUUCAUCCAGCCUCUGUCGCAGCGGAAACAGGAGCAUGAAAAGAGACGUAAGGAGAUCAAGGAUCAUUGGAUUCGAGCUAAAAGAAAACUGAUGGAGUGUGAGGCGAAUCUGCGGAAAGCCAAGCAAGGUUACAUGGUCCGCUGCGAGGAGUACGAAAAGGCCAAAACAGCAGCCUGUCGAGCUGAGGAGGAGGGAGGAGGGUCUACAGCAAAGUCUGUGGAGAAGAAGAAACGAGUUGAGGAGGAGGCGCGCAACAAGUCAGACGAGGCGGAGGCCACCUACCGGACUUGUAUAGCAGAUGCCACCGCUCAGCAGAUGGAGCUGGAGCACACAAAGGUCACAGUGCUGAGACAACUGCAGGACGUCAUCAAACAGAGUGACCAGACCAUCCGCUCGGCGACCAUCUCGUACUACCAGCUCAUGCACAUGCAGACGGUAGCCUUGCCGGUCCACUACCAGACUCUGUGUGAGAGCAGUAAGCUGUACGACCCCGGCCAGCAGUACGCCGCACACGUGCGAGAUCUGCAGCUGCCGGAGCAGCCGAGCGCUCAGUACACAUUUGAGAACUACUCUCCCUCCAGCUCAUCACAGAGCCACAGACCGAGGAAUGACAGUUUCAACAACGAGCUGAUGAGCCACAAAGACAGUCCUGCCUCCAGUGUGGACACAGCAGCUGCAGACAACAGAGACACAUUGGCUCAACGCAAGAGGCAGGGCCACAAGUCGUGGGGUUCAACAGUGAGCGAUGACAGUGUUGGAGGAGAGGGAGGCCUCGAGUCUCCUUCUGCCAGCACAAGUGACAUCAGUAAAAUUGCCCGGACGUCAUCCACUGGAACGAUGUCGUCCAAUGAGGACGCAGACGAGAAAGAUGGAAAUGUGAACUCAUUUGAAACUCCAAACAUAAACGGCAUGGAUCCUGAUGUGGGGGCGUCCACCAGACCUUUCCGUAACGUCGGCCUGUCUAAAGCAGCUCAGACCCAUCGACUGAGGAAACUACGGACUCCUUCCAAAUGCCGCGAGUGUGACAGCUACGUUUACUUCCAGGGAGCAGAGUGUGAGGAGUGUUUCCUGGCAUGCCACAAACGCUGUCUGGAGACUCUGGCCAUCCAGUGCGGCCAUAAGAAGCUGCAGGGCCGUCUGCAGCUCUUCGGCAGGGACUUCUCUCAGGUAGCCAGCUGUGCCAGUGACGGCAUCCCCUUCAUCAUCACCAAGUGCAUCUCCGAGAUAGAGAGACGGGCGCUCAAGAUGAAGGGCAUCUACAGGGUGAACGGGGUCAAGACUCGUGUGGAGAAGCUGUGUCAGGCCUUUGAGAAUGGAAAGGAGCUGGUGGAGCUGUCCCAGUGUUCACCACAUGACAUCAGCAACGUCCUCAAGCUUUACCUCAGACAGCUGCCAGAGCCCAUCAUGCCGUUCCGCCUGUAUAACAGUCUGAUGGGUUUGGCGAAGGAGAGUCUGCAGAGUGAAGCAGAGACAGCAGAAGGAGAGGAGGCUGAGUCCAACAGUCACCCAGCACUGGGUAAAGGUCCGGAGCUGGUGGAUCUGGGCCCCGACACAGAUGCAGAGAUACUGGUCCUGGUGGACAAGCUGAAGGAGCAUCUGAAAGAUCUGCCGAAGGCUAACAUCGCUACACUUCGCUACAUUAUUCGCCACCUUCGGAGGAUUGCAGAGCUAGAGGAAGAUAACAAGAUGAGUCCCAGUAACUUGGGUAUUGUGUUUGGCCCCUCACUGAUGCGUCCCCGUCCCACCGGGGCCACGAUCUCCCUGUCCUCUCUGGUUGAUUACCCCCACCAGGCCCGCAUCGUAGAAACCCUUAUAGUCUUCUAUUUAUCCAUCUUCCAGUCCAAAACCUCUCAGUCCAACAAAAGCGGUCGCUCUGCUUCCACCUCCACUCAGCAGGGUAGUGUGGCAGAUGACAAGAUAGGGAGCUCUGCUGAUGGAGAGGAGGAUGGAGGCAGAGAGGAGCCAAAUAAAGCAGAAUCUGACAAGAUGGAGGAGGGAUGUGAAAGUUCUUUAGGGUCACUGGGGUCUAGUGAGCAGCUCCCAGACUCUGACUCAGAGCUGGAUGAGAGCAGUCAGAGGUCUGCACAGUCACGCAGCAUGCAGAAACAGGAGAGCGAAGGGAGCAUGGACGACCGGCUGAGCUUCAGGGACAGUCUGGACCUGUCCAGCCAGUCUGCAGCCCAAACAGAACCAGAACAAGACGCGGAUCAGGACCACGACAGUCCCGACUUAGCAGAGCCCCCUGCACUGCCGGACAGCGGGCCACCAGAUGAAAACACGGAGGCAGAGCGGGACCUGAGCGCCACUCUGGCUGAGCUCAACGUGAACCAGUCCAACAACAACAAGUACCCGUGCUCCCCCGUUUUAAGCCUAUCGGGGCUUCCACUGGCUCGUCUCUGUGGAAAGAAAUUACCCCUGACCAGAAACAGGGACAGUGAGCCCGAGUUUGUCUAAUAUUGUUAUCAGAAUCAUUGUUUGUGUGUAAAGUCUGUUAGAGAUUAGCGACAGGAUGGUUGAUCUGGUUUUUACCCUUUUAAAAUCCAGCAAAACCUGCACUGAGGGGCAUACUGUGUUGUGUGCAUCAAGAUGAAAUUUUUGCAGGUGUGAAAUCUCUGCACGCUUACUGCUGAUUGAUGAGAUUUAUUCCUGUCAUUUCAAAAGGUUUUAACUAAAAAAAAAAUAAAGUAUUUUUGCUGUUUGUGUCUUUACUCGUUGCUCUUGCAAGCUUGAGGAAAGGUUGCUGGGAAGUCACAUCAGAAUGCAGAAUUUCAAAAUCUCUUUAAAGUGCUGCUGGUUUUAUUUCAGCACUAACAUUUAAAAAUAAAUUUAGCAGUAUCUUGUUGCCUGUUAUUUCCUUGUUAUGGAUGUUUGGAAUAUUUUAAUAAACAUUUAAUUUUAAAAA